UUUAAACAAAGUACAUGUGUUGAGAUCAACAUUAGUGCCACGUUAUGUUAUUAAAUAUACACAGUUUGCUACUUUGCUUGUAAAAGUGACUAAGCUGUAAAAGUAAUGGCCUUUACUUUAAUAAAGGCGCUUGCUCUAAUUGUGUGUAGCAUAAUAACACGCCCAUCUUCUGACACCAUAAGUUAUUCAAUAAAAGAUGGAUACGAUAAAAUACACCAAUGGGACGAUUUCGACGCGAAAGAAUUAUUUCCGUCUAGGAGGAAAGGUCUAUUUCAGUUACUUGGACAGCUUGACAAUGCGAGGUCUUCGAAAAAUGCUAAGAAUAGGUUUUCACUAAAUGUGGAUUUUUCUGUGAAUUCUGACUCCAUGUGUAUAGAGCAUGACGUCACUGUAGACUGUUCAAAUCUACAUUUAAAGGAAAUCAAUUCUUCAUGGUUUCCAAAUAACACAGAGCUUAUCUUUUUGCAGGACAACAUACUCAGUAAAUUGGUCAAUUCCACAUUUGAACACUUACUUCAUCUAAUUCAUUUAGAUAUUUCCAAUAACAAGAUUUCAUACAUUGAACCUCUUGCCUUUGAGGGUUUGACAUCUUUGAAAUAUUUAAGUCUCGGUAAUAAUGAAAUCGCCUUUAAUAGACAUUUGAGAGGUUUUUUUGAACCAUUAAAAAGUCUGGAGACGUUGAUUCUGAUACAAAAACUUUUAAAGCAAAAAUCUAAUGUUCCAGGUUUGAUGUUGCUACCACUUACACAGUUACGGAAUCUGUCCAUCAGUACAGUGACCUACACUCUGUAUUUUGAACCAGAGUUUCGAAACUUAACAAGCCUGGAAGUGUUAGAGAUUACUGGCUGGACACAAAAUAUAACAAACACAUCGUUUGAGAACGUCAGCGGCGUGAAGACAUUGAUUCUAAGAGACAUGUAUUUUAUCAAAUCGAUGGAUGAUCAAGUAUUUGCACAUUUAAACAACCUGACAAGUCUAAGAAUGGAAUAUGACGUGAUUAAUUUACAACUGGUUUUAUCUUUGUUGUGGCCGUUUAAAGGCAGAAAUAUGUCUGAGAUUUAUUUUGAAGGCGUCUCAACGACGCAAGGUAUGACUAAUCCAAUGAUAGAUGGCUUUCUCACUAGAAAUGACUUUAGGUAUUUAAAAGACAUUUGUGUAAAUACAAUUGCAAUAAUAAAAUGCUAUAUUUUUUACAUAACAACUGAUGCUUUUAUUGAUACCAGAGCCUCAUUGAACCGUUGUCUACGCCAUAUAAAAGUGGACAUGAACCCCCUAAUUGGAAGUCCUUUUGCUUUAAUUCCAUUUAUUUUGUCUGAAAACCUACAAACAGCAUUUGUAGGCAACGCAUUGCGAGUAUGUGAAGAGUUUUCCCCUUUCCCUCGUUUCAGUUUAAAUAGAAAUUAUUUCGUUGAAGAGAUUUUACAUUUUGAUUUGUCAUUCUACGAUGAAAUGGCGUUAAAUGUAGAAGGUGCAUUCCCCUUGACUAAAAACAUUACGCACGAGACACAAGCAGCGAUGAAUAAAAUAUUUUAUAUGCUAAAUGGAACAUUGUAUGCAACUAUACCAAAAGAUUUUAAAAUGUGGCAUUCCCCGAGAUUAUUCCAACGUUUAUCUUUACAACGAGACUUAGUCUUUCGGGGACCUGUUAACAUUGAAUAUAUUGAUUUCUCAGAUUGCGGAGUUAACACAUUAGUUGGCCGUAUUCAAGGCUUGUCGUCUCUCAAAACUCUAAUAUUGUCAGGAAACGAUCUUUCAAAUUUUGCUGACUAUUUUUUCGAUGAGUUUUUCGGUUUAGAGAACGUCGCUCUUUCUAACUGUGGACUGGAUAGAGAUUUUUCCGCUAUCAAAAGUAACCGUGUCUUUCAAAAUACAACAAAACUAAAACAGCUUGACCUCUCUGAGAAUUCUCUAAAUACUUUAAGCAAAGGAACAUUUUCUCGAAAUUCGGAACUAAUCUAUAUAAGCUUAUCUACUAAUCUGUUCAAAGACAUUCCGUUUGAUUUAAAACUCACACCGAAUCUCAAAACUUUAGAUAUUAGUUUUAACGUUAUCACAACGCUCACAGCGGAAACUACUGCAGUCUUUGACUAUUUAAAUUCAAAGAACAAAGGAUUUCAGCUCAUGUUAAAUGGAAACAUACUUUCUUGCGGUUGCCAUGAUUGAUCUUUUCUUCAAUGGUUGAAUUCAACUUUAGUUCGUUUAGACAACAAAAGAAACUACACCUGCAUGAACAAAGAUGGUGAAAGGACAAACACAUUGACGUUCUCUGAUCUAGAAUCUCUUUGGAGACAAUGUUGGGGCGAAUUCUUCUUUUACGUUGCAUUAAUAACAUUAUGUCUGUAUGUUAUUGGCGUAUUCAUAAUAUUUAUGGUUUUAAAGAAUAAAAACUUUUUUGUUUCGUAUUUGCUACAAAUAUUUGGCAAUUUCAAACUUCACACCCGAUCGGAUUAUAAGACAGAUGUUUAUAUUGGCUAUUCAGAUGAGGACUAUCGAUUUCCUUGCAAUGAAUUACGCGAGAAUUUAGAAACAAAAAUAAAAUUAAGUACAUUUAUUCUUGACAGAGAUUUAAUAGCUUCUUUAGACAAAGCCAGUGGAAUUGUGAAUGCAAUGAACAGUUGUUGGAGAAUUUUACUUGUCUGUAGUAGAAGUUUUUUAAUGAACGAGGACUGGUCAAUGUUUACUAUCAGAUCAGCCAUAUACGCACAAAGUCCAGCUAAUCCGGCCAGAAUUGUUAUAAUGGUACAUAAGAGUUAUCUCCCCUUGCUGCCGACUGAACUUUUAAGUGUCGUCAAUGAUGAAAAUAUUAUAGUUGUUUCCGAGUGGAAAAUGAACUACAGUAUAUGUGAAAUGCUGAAAACUCGUUUGAAUUGAUUCACAUUCUAUAAACAUUGGAAACAGUUCAUAAAUAACUACAAUACAUAUAGAUAGAUAAAUAUUAGUUUAUAUUAAGAAUGAUAUUUUGUAUUUAUAUAUAAAUUUGCUUACAAUGUACCUGAGCUUCAGUCUGCAGUUAGCCAGCUUAUACUGUUGCAUCGUUCCAACCUAGAGAAAUCAGAAGUUAUGUUCCGGAAAUCCCCAAAUAUAAUGUGCACAUCCCUACAAAUCACAUUGAACGGCCACUCCUUCAACGUGGUAAACCAAUUAGCCUUUGGAAGCACGAUAUCCAUGACGCAUUACUUGGGAAGAAGGUAACCGUAUGGCUAAAACUAGCAGCAGCACUUUAACCCGCUUUUAAUUUAUGCACAAAUAAUAAAUUAAGGUCUACCAAGCAGCAGUUCUCUCAACCCUUCCUAUGGUUCUGAAACCUGGUUGCUGUACAGAAACAAUAAAGGCUCUUUAAACACUUUC